AGAAACUGAGAGGCUCAGAGGCCCACUGAGACCCAGACCUCAGGGGGGCCAAUAGAUUCAGAGACACUCAGAGAGAACCAGAGACCCUGCCCCAGCAAGGCACAAUCAGUGAAUCAAAAUUCGCCCACCGGGCCCUCGCAGUCCAGGCCUCAUUUCCCGGCUCAGCACCUUGGCGCUGCAUUUGUCAAGAGGGGAACAGGGAUCGUAGCUCCCUGCCCUUCCUAUGGGGUCUCAGGCCCUGGGGUCCAGCUGGCCUGCCUUCACGUCUCUUAUAGUUGAUGAAGCUUUCGAGAGGCUUUCACCCUGGGGAGCCACAGCUGGGUGCUGACUGGGCUCACAGGCAGAGGGGCAGGCGGUGAAGGCCAAGCCCCGCCCCCCAGGUAGGCCCUGAUUGGUGGACGGGCUGCUUCGGGCAGGGCCGCCCUCAGGCUAUAUAAGCUCACUCGCCGGCAGCACGGGCGUUAUGCUCUGGGCAAUUCCUGAGCUCGGGUCAACCCGCCCCAUCUCCAUCUCCUAUGAGAUGAGUGACUCCCAGGACCCCACCACUUCCCCUGUAGUUACCACCCAGGUAGACCUGGGGGGCUGCAGCUGGCAAGGUGGGGGUAAUGGGUUCCUCCGUUUUCACCAGCACCAGGAGGUCCAGGCCUUCCUCAGCCUUCUGGAGGACAGUUUUGUCCAGGAAUUCCUCUCCAAAGACCCCUGCUUCCAGAUUUCAGAUAAGUAUCUCCUGGCCAUGGUGCUGGUCUACUUCCAGCGCGCCCACCUGAAGCUCAGCGAGUACACCCACAGCAGCCUGUUCUUGGCCCUGUACCUUGCAAACGACAUGGAGGAGGACCUGGAGGGGCCCAAAUGUGAGAUUUUUCCGUGGGCCCUGGGAAAAGAUUGGUGUUUACAAGUGGGGAAAUUCCUGCACCAGAGGGAUAAGCUUUGGGCACGGAUGGGUUUCCGGGCUGUUGUGAGCCGCCAGUGCUGUGAGGAGGUCAUGGCAAAGGAGCCAUUCCACUGGGCUUGGACUCGGGACCGGCGCCCCCACCAUGGUGGGGUUCAGAGGGUCUGUCCACAGGUCCCUGUUCACCUUCCCCGGGGUCCUGGCCUCUCGCCGCCCCACUGUUCCCCCUGUGGCUUGCCCCAGCACUGCAGCCGCCACCAGCUUAAGCCUGUGUCAUCCAAGUGCCCUUCUCUGACCUCGGAGUGUCAUCGCCCUCCUUCCCAAAAUUAUCUCUCAAGGGUCAAAAACGCCUGGGGUGGGGACUUUCUCAUCGUCUUGCCCCCCGAGAUGCAACUGGAACCAGGCACCUACUCCCUCCGUAUCUUCCCAAAGCCUCCGGCACGCCCUGGGCACUGAAGCUCUGCAGGGUGAAGAACAGCACGCCUGCUGGCCCACUGACCGACACACCAUUGGCUGUGCUCCCACCCCUGCCCCUUCCUCCCAGCCUGCAGCUUGUGCCCACUCUAGUCCUGGUCCCCUCUAAUAAAUUCAUG